AUGCCUACGAGCAUUCGCAAUGCGGUACUAACCGCACUCUCAGUGUUACCAGCGGUCCGAUCCGCUGCGCAUAUUCCUGUAAGGGGCGGUGAUACGGCAGCUCCUGUGUUACGUUCUCAGCAAGAUACUUGCAACCAACUCAAACAGGCCUUGACUGGCGCCAACGCUACCAUUUCGAAGACGAGAACUACUGCUUGUAUUGUCAGCCCCAAGAACACACAAGAGGUCUCUACGGUGGUAAAGAUCCUUUCUCAGACGCAGACAAAGUUCGCUAUCAGAAGCGGUGGCCACAAUUACAUACCAGGCUUCGCCAGUGUUAACGAAUCGGGAGUGUUGGUUUCUCUCUCGAAUUUGAACACCACCGUUUUAUCAACAGACAAGAAAAGCGCCAAAAUUGGCCCCGGAAAUAGAUGGCUGGCUGUCUACCAAGCUUUGGUACCCCAAGGGGUAACCGUCGUCGGAGGGCGUGUCGGCCCUGUCGGAGUUGGCGGAUUGAUGCUUGGGGGUGGACUAAGUUACUUCGCAACCCAACGGGGUCUUGCCCUCGACAAUGUCAAAUCGUAUGAGGUAGUCCUCGCCAAUGGCUCAAUCGUCACUGCAACCGCCACCAAUCAGUACUCGGACCUGUAUAAGGGACUACGAGGUGGCGGUUCCAACUUCGGUAUUGUCACCAACUACGAACUCUACACAUAUCCUGUUGGACAAUUUUCCGUCGAUGCUCGAGCGUACAGUACGAACCAGACCGAUGCUUUCCUACGCGCCGUGGCUGAAUAUCAGCAAGAGGGACAAUUGGAUCCCUUAUCAAGCAUCCAAUUACUUGCGACCGGCCCGACGAUUAUGCUUCUAUAUAACGAAGCGGUACAAUCGGCCAAGGCAUUUGAUGCCUUUUAUAACCUCGGAUCAUACACACCAAUCGCGGCAUUCAACGGCUCACUUCUAGAUAUCAUGGCUCUGACUGGAUCCCGAUUUUCGACCGGAAAUAUCAGCACUUACGGCGAGACAUUCACCCACAAAGUCGACGCCGACCUAAACAUCGACUUGUAUAACAUCUUCGUCGAAGAGAUUGCCAACCUCCCCACCGGUGCUUCAGGGGUCUGGGUACCAAACCCAAUUGCUGCCAGUGUAGCUACUGUUGGGAAACAGUACGGAGGAAACUUGCUUGGUCUGCAGGAGGUCCCGCAACAAUGGUACGAAUGGUUCAUUACAUGGACAGAUUCAACCCAAGAACAGACUAUCCGUGAUAUAUCCCAACGAAUCACUCAGCGAUGCACCGCUGCCACCGAAGCGAAAGACGCUGACUUGCCAUACCUAUUCACGAACACAGCUGGCAUAAAACAGAACGUGCUCAGUAGCUUCGGUGCGGAUAACGUCAACACCAUAAAAGCGAUAGCGGCGAAAUACGACCCGGGUCAGGUGUUCCAGAAACUACAGAACGACGGAUUCCUCAUCCGAAAGUUAUAA